AGGGCCGCUCUCCACUCUUUUGUUUGAGGACUGGUCCUGUGAGUAACAGCAACCUGUGGGCUAACUAUGGCGAUGUUGUGGCUGUAAAGCUAGUGUUGUUGAUGAAGAUAUAACUUUUUAAGUGUUGCCUUCGCUGGUGUAUCUUGCUAACACCGAUGUUAGCAACUAGCCUGUCCGUGUAGAUGCUCUUCACUAGAAUGGACCUGUUGAACUCUCAGUUCCUGGACAAGAUGAACAAUAACAUCGGGAGACUGCACUACGAAGAUGAGUCCAGGACGCCCUCCCAGCCCACUGCUAUGUCCAAGAUAACUGGGCCUCCUCAACACUGCCCAAGCAAACGGAAGUAUGGCGAAGAACAAAUGGACGACCGAAUCAACUGUGAUGAUGACCACAUGACCAAAAUGAGCAGAUUGUUUGCCACUCAGCUGGCCCGUCCCUCUGCUGGAGACAAUCGUAAUGAGCACUGGAGCCUCGGUCACAGUCCUGUGGAGCACAUUACUUCUUCCUCCCCCAACGGUCUUCAUGGGAACCACCUGUACGCUUCCAUUGCUAGCUAUGCUGUAGACCAGCCUCUGGCUCUGACCAAAAGCAGCCACGACGUUGUCGUCGGGUCCAGAGAGAGGUCUGUCAUUGGUGGGACUGUAGAGCGGCAGCAGAAUCGUCCCUCCGUUAUUACCUGUGCCCCUGCGAGCAACCGCAAUUGUAACCUCUCUCACUGCCACAUGAAUGGCUGUUCCCCCAGCCCACCUACCGAUCCCAUGAAGACCAAUGCUAACACAGAAUGCGAUCCUGUGAUUGAGGAGCACUUUCGUCGCAGCCUUGGAAAAAACUACAAAGAAGCGGAGGCCGUGUCCAACUCGGUGUCCAUCACAGACUCAGUGGACGACCACUUUGCCAAGGCGCUGGGAGACGCCUGGCUCCAAAUCAAGGCUAAGGAUGGGGGUCGUCAAACCCCAGAGGCAGAUCCGUGAAGCAGAGGGGAGUAAACAUUACAAUCACUUCCUUAGAGUUCGCAUAGUGAGAGUGGAGAUGUCGUUUCUAGCCAAGCAUUUACUUCCCUCAGCCAAGAACAAUGUAUUAUCAGGUGCUCACACGGUGUUCCCUUGAGGACCUCAAGGCAGACCUUUUUAUUAGAACACUCGGCUUAACUUAAACUUUAUCUCAGUGGUCGUAUACAUACAGGUACAUACAUGACAUUACGACUUCUGCAUUUAACCCAAUCUGAGCAUUUUAGGAGCACUGCUUCAAAUUGGCAGUUUGGUGUAGUUGGGUUGACAAAGUUAGCUGUGGAAAGUGUACAAUCAGAGAUUUGAUCCUGCAAAGAUAAUGAGAUUCACGAAGUGUUCAGGGGUUCAUCUGCCUGCCUUGAUAGCCAAAGAAACGCCCCGCCUCUCCCCAUCAACAUAUAAGCAAUAGAUCCUGUCUGUAUCGUCUUUCAUUCUAAAAUCACACUGCUUUUAAAAAAAUAAUCUACAAUACUUUAAACAAGACAACCAGGUCUCAUUUGCUCUUUUACGUCUCUGACCAUGUAGGUAGCAGGUUACCUGUUUCAGUUGGAACAAACGUGUUCUUGUGCGUUGCAAUUGUGGCGAUACAAUCACGGCUCUGGUCCCCCCCCCCCCCCCCCCCUCCCCGGCUCUCUGAAGACACUGGCCGUGUUUUCUUUAUGAUCCUGAACUGGACUUCUCCACUGUUAACUGAAUUAUUUUAGUUUCCUGUUUAUAUGCUCACUGUGGCUGAUUACGUAGUAAACUAAUCUCAAUCAUAGUAGAUGUGUCUAACUAGAACGCAUGUUUCAAAUAGCUGGUUUCUAUUACAAACCUUAUUCUAUACUAUAUAUUUACUCAGAAUUUAUUUUUUAUCUGUAACAUUUUAGAAAUACUCACUGCUGGUACAGUUGUACUCAAUAUAUUUUUUUGUAUCUGGUUUUCAUUACUCUAUGUAGGUGUAAUUCUUAGCACCCAUCUACAAAUCACAGCCUCUGGAAAGGUUGUCUGACUGCAGUUUAAAAGGCUUUGUUGCUCAUUAUUCUGUGGACCUGGAUGUUCUAGCUUUCUACGUGACUGAAUACAGAUAAACCUGACCCUCGGUAACAGUCUGUUAGCAGUGGCUUUAUUUAUUCGGAACGCGUUGAUAGUUUCAUGUUGACUUUUGGCAAAAAACGUGGUGACCGCAGGUUUGUUUCUUUUGCAUUGAGAACAACGGAGGAUUUCUCCACUGCUUCAACGACGAAGCAGUUCCCCUCAAAACUAACAGUUAAAUGCACCUGAAAUACAGGUGUCCUUAUUUCACGAGUAGGCGUCGACAUUCCACCGGGAUGAUCUGACACUUGUCAGUCACUUCAGUUGAGUUUAGCAAGCACAACAAGUAUGUCUGUCCUUUUUUUUUUUUUUUUUUUUUUUUAAAUCAAGGUGAUGUCAUGGUGCGAGCUGCCUAACUGUUGCUUUGUUAAGGAGCAAAGUGUGAGUGGGUCACAGAGUUUCUUUUGUGCAGUUGAGUCUGGUUCAAUUUCUCACCCUUAUGACGUGCUCUACUUAUGGUAGCAUAACCUAUUUGUCAACACUGAUUAAGAUAUGGUAUUGUACAUUUUUGUAUGUUAAUUAACUGUCCGUGAGAACCUACAUUUAUAUUAAUAUUCUACAGUUUUUAAAUUGUUACAUACACCAUCCUGUCUUUUGUAUUUUACUCAUACACGACCAUCAUUGCGCCGCGCGGAAUGAUUAUAGAUAUUUUGUUUCUAUUCAGAAUAGUUUACUCAUAUGUAGCAUGGAUGCUCAUUAUCUUCAAACCAUGCUUUUUUAAUAAAAAAAAAUCUUUCUAAAAGUUUGUUAUUUUCCCACAAUUGUCGGACGAUGAAUAAGUGCAGGAACACGACAGUCUUUUGAUCAAAGACUUCUGUACUAACGGUUUAAAGAGUUUGUUUAGCGUGUACUAGAGUGGAUUUUAGGGAUUAUCAUGGAAUCUGCUUGUUUGAUACAACUAGAUCUGUCAGUAAUAUGUUUGGGGUAUUAGUCCAUUGUUAUUUAAUUGCUAUAUUUCGACUACCUGUAUCUCAAAGACUGUUUUGCAGAAAGGUCCUGUUUCAGGUGUCAUCCACGUAGAAAACAAAGUAACGCUUGUUCACUUUUGUCCUUAUUUCGCUGGAAGAAAAUGCCACUGUUUUGUACUUAACUUCUUCCAAAAUAAACAAACAAAUGCCUACCAUUGCUGACCUCUUGUGUUUUUACCAAAUAAAACAUACUGCAGUCAUAAUUAGCAAAUGACAAACUCUUCAUUGUAUGUUAUUUGCAUGCCUGUAGCUUGCAGUAACACAGCUUCUAAACGUCAACAUAAAUUCCGCUUGAAAUAGGAAACCCUUGUGGCCUCCAUUUUAGCUGAAGCUAAGCUACAAGGGGAACAUGGUAAUCUACGGACGUGACUGCAGGGAUGAGAGUGGAAUUCAUUUAGCAGACAAUGACCCACAUUAAGAUCGGCUGGAUAGGCGCUGUUUGGUUGUUGUUUCCACUUGCUUAUCUCUCAAAAUGCCCAGUAGUGCUGCUACAUCGGUAAAUGACAUUAGACAUCUUUGUUGUGAUUUCAGUGUUGCAGAUACUCGAGUCAAUAAUGAAGUGGUUACACUAAUUAGAGCUCUGCAAUCAGGAGUAAUAACUCACUCUCUGUUGUUAUUGGACAAGCGCCGCCACAGCUACAGCAUUAAGUGAUUUAUCAGCAUAUUAACUCGACCUCUUUGGCUCAAAGGAAGCGGCACUGGACAAGUGUCCUUUUUGGAUGUCGAGUGGACUUGAACUGUACCUGUGAUUACAGUAUGUGGGGGGAGUGGCUGAUGUUUGUUCCUGGAGCCGCUCUGUCUUGUCACCAGCUUUCACUCUUACCAUUCGGAUAAAGAGUUAGAGAAACAUAAGGGAGGAAGCUGGAGCACAUCACACUGUAGGAACUGUUGCUCUUUAGAUACUAGAUCUUUAAAUCACCCUCUCUUGUCCCAGUGUCUCUAUCCUCAGGUCAUGCACAGGCAGUUAUUUGGCUGUAUUUUAAUAUCUUUCUAUUUCUACUUAACAGUUGUGUGUGUGUGUGUGUGUGUGUGUGUGUGUGUGUGUGUGU